AUUAGCAUUACUGGAUGAAUUUUGCAGAACCCCCAAAACCCCCACUCUUCCUAGUGAGCAAUUUUCUGGUAAUGGCGGCACUCUAAAACACCAAAACAAUGUCGAUUAUCCUCUCUGCUUUCUCAUCUUCAACCCCAUUUCUCAAGGACCAUAUAAAAUCCUCAAAUUUUCCUUUAAACGCUUGCCCUCGUAAUCAGAUUCUUGAUUUUCCCUUAUCUGUAGCCAGAAUUAAGACUCUCAAACUCGAAUUGACACACAAAUAUUCCGGGCUUUUCGGCGGUAAUUUUGCGUUUCCAUUAAGUAGGAAAAAUGGCUUUAUUGCAAAAGCUGAGAGUAGUGAAGUAGAUAACGGGAACAGUGUUGACAAAGCUGAAAAUGAGGUCCGUGGAGAGAGCACAAUGCCUGAUAGAUUCAGGUACUUGACGAAAGAAGCUCCUGAUAAGCCUGUUAGAUGGCCUUGGUUCAUAGCAUUGGCCUUUCUUUUAUAUGCCUGGAGGACCGUCUUGUGGGAACUGGGUAAUUGGAAAAAGGCUGUGGGUGCUGUCUUCCGAUUUCUCGGUUACAUCUCGAAACUUGCAUUGGCCGUUGUAUACUACUUCAUAGGCGAUCAGAUCACAGCUGUAAUUAGAUUUAUUGAAUCAACAAUUUACUCCAUUCGAGCUUUCUACUCCGGUGUAGUUGCAUAUGCACCAGUACAAGAGCUGACAACAAUCAUCGUUUUGGCAUCUUGUGUUCUUGCUAUUGGUGACGCAGCAGUUCCAGAUUCUGUGAACAGCCAACCAUACCUUCUUACAGCAGCUGGAAUAAUGGGAUUUGCUGCUGUCAGAGGCUAUAUUUCUGAGCUGUUCUUUUGGUUUAUACUCUUGGGCUUGUUUGUCUUUGCUCGAUUUAUCAAAAAAAGAGAUUAUGUGUCUUCCGCAAUGCCUGCUGCUGCUGCAUUGGCUGCUGUGGGAGAGCCUUGGGUUAGACUGGUAGUAAUGGUUUCAUAUGCUGCUUUGGCCGUUCUGCAACAUUCUAAGACACCUUUGAACAAAAGUGAAGGUGAAACUACCAGUGCAGUUAGGAAGGUCCCGAUUCCCCUGAUAUGUGCUGCAUUGGCCAUUGGUGUCCGACUUGCUGCAAAAUGGGCUGGUUAUCGGCAUUUGACAUGGAUGAUCGUUUGAUAGAGCAUUCUUAGUUGUUAGUUUCUACAGUGGCAUGUUCCCUCAUUUGGCAAAAUUGCUUCUUGUACUUUGUACAACUUAGAGCUUAUUUUUCUUUCAAAUUUUGUUCUGAAUGCACUAAAGUUGUCUUUGUUGCCUCUACACUAAAUGAAGUUGCUCAGUUUUGACUUAUGUUACAC